GAAGAGUUAGCUGUGAUCACUUGCAAGAAUCCCACCAAACACAAUCGAUCCCAUGGGUGCAGCUAGCUCUUCCUCCAAGUCCACAGGAAGCUCCCAAAAAACCAUUCAAGAAAAAACAUUAUCAGGAGUUGGCAACCUCAUCAAGCUCCUCCCGACCGGCACUGUCUUCCUGUACCAGUUCCUCAGCCCUGUCUUGUCCAACAAUGGCCACUGCAAAACCAUCAACAAGUACCUCACCGCCAUUCUUGUUGUUCUCUGCGGUUUGUCUUGCUUCUUUUCUUCCUUCACAGACAGCUACGUUGGAGAUGACGCUAAAACACACUGCGGGGUUGUAACAAGCAAGGGUCUUUGGCCCUCGCCGGAGUCUAAGAAGGUUGACUUGUCGACGUAUAAGCUUCGGUUUGCGGACUUCGUCCACGCCUUCUUCGCUGUGAUUGUGUUUGCUGCUUUGGUGCUUUUGGAUGGAAAUACAGUUGGGUGCUUCUAUCCGGUGUCUGAGUCCACUGAGAAGACUUUGCUCCAGGUGCUGCCACCUGUUGUUGGCGCGGUUUCUAGUGUGGUUUUCGUGGUGUUCCCUAAUAAACGCCAUGGAAUCGGAUACCCUUCAAGUGAGACUUCGCAAGAUUCCAAGUCUGGUGGAGAAUUAAGUUUAGCAUCGACGACGAAAGUCUAAGGAAGUUUGUGGUUGUGUUUGUGUGUGGUUUUUUUCUUCUUAUUCUUUACCCUGUUGCCUUGUACGAUUGUGCUCAUGUUUCCUUGUCUAGAGGGUUUGAGUUUAAUUGACAUAUAUAUGUUUGGUAGCUGUCAUGAAGUUGUAAUUUGUAAUUUAUUCCUUGUAACAAGGGGUGUUUCAUGUUUGGAUUCAAUUCAGUCCCAAAGGGAAGGCAAUUCCAUCUUCCACAAA